CACCACCCUGCUCCGUGCAUCACUUGAUUACAAUCCAUCUCCCCAACAUUAAAAAGAGACGAUUGGGCUAGCCAUCAUCUACUUCUAGAAAUAAGUAUAUAAAACAAAGAAAACACCGUCACGGCGGAAACUCAGGAAAGCCACAACCGAAUACAAUUGUGAGGAUCUGAGUGGAUAGUGUAGCUUGAAUCAAAAUAACAAAAUCAAUUGAUAAUGGAAGAAAACAAGAUGAAGAAGAAAGUGAUGGUGGCAGUAGACGAAAGCGAGUGCAGCCACCAUGCUCUUCAAUGGGCUCUCGAAAACCUUGGCGACACCCUCUCUGCUUCUCAGCUCUUCAUCUUUACCGCGCAGCCUCUUCCUAAUUUUGCUUACCUUUCUGCUUCCACCUACGGUGCUGCUCCUCUGGAUUUGAUAACCACCGUGCAAGAAAAUCAAAAGAAGCUCACUUUAGCUUUGCUGGAGAAAGCUAAGGACAUCUGCGCCACGCAUGGGGUUGAUGCGGAGACUAUGACAGAAAUCGGAGAUCCUAAAGACAAAAUAUGUGAGGCGGUGGAAAAGCUCAAAAUUCAGUUGCUUAUAUUGGGAAGCCAUGGUCGAGGAGCUCUACAGAGGGCUUUUUUGGGAAGUGUCAGUAAUCACUGUGUUCACAAUGCCAAGUGCCCUGUCCUUGUGGUGAGGAAACCAGCUUGAAGGAUUGGCUGUGCUGUUUUAAUUCUGUGAAGUUUGUUACUAUAAUCCAUUGCCAUCUUAGUGUUUGAUAAGUGAAAAAGUUUGUGUUCCUUUAUGUUGUUCGAUAUGGUUGAGGUUUUAAGCUAGUAAAUAUGUGGAAUAUAUCCAAGUGAACUGAAAAUGUGUUCCUUACAAACAGAAUGCAAUUUGUUAAUUUGGCAUUGAAUCUCCUUUGCUGUUGGCUCAA